UCUCCACACUGCCAACUCGCUCCGAAGAGGGAGGAGGACGACGCCGGUUGCCACUGCCACUGCCGCGCCGCGCCGCUCCCGUCUCCCCUCCCUCCGCGGGAACUCGACGCCACCAUGCUGUCCACGCGCACCGCCGCCGUCGCCGCCUCCGCGUCCCCCGCCUCCCCGUGGAAGCUGGGAGGACGGAGCGAGGGCGGCGCCAGCUGCGACGGAUGCCGGACCUACAGGAACACCCUGCGGAGGAGGGCCGCGCCCGCCAAGGUGCGCGCCUUGCCGCCCAGGCGGGUGGACGCGGUCGCGAUGGUCUCCAACGCGGAGACGGAGACGGAGAAGGAGCAGGAGGAGGCGGCGGCCGCCAGCGAGGAGCUGCCCGUCAUGCCCUGGGCCACCUCCGUCGCAAGCGGUUACACCCUUUUGAGGGAUCCACACCACAACAAGGGUCUUGCUUUCACAGAGGAGGAAAGGGAUGGACACUACUUGCGUGGACUGCUUCCUCCGGCAGUACUAUCUCAGGAACUCCAAAUUAAGAAGUUCAUGAACACCCUGCGGCAGUACCAGACCCCUUUGCAGCGGUAUAUAGCUAUGAUGAACCUUCAGGAAACGGACGAGAGGCUUUUCUACAAGCUUUUAAUUGAUAAUGUGGUGGAGCUGCUUCCUUUUGUUUACACACCAACUGUAGGUGAGGCCUGCCAGAAGUAUGGGUCCAUCUUUGGACGACCACAGGGUCUGUAUGUCAGCCUGAAGGACAAGGGGAAGGUCCUAGAAGUUCUAAGGAACUGGCCACAUAGGAACAUUCAAGUUAUCUGUGUUACUGAUGGUGAGCGAAUCUUGGGACUUGGAGAUUUGGGUUGUCAGGGAAUGGGAAUUCCUGUAGGCAAACUUGCUCUAUACACUGCUCUAGGAGGAGUUGACCCAUCAGUUUGCUUGCCUAUCACAAUUGAUGUUGGUACAAAUAACGAGAAACUGCUUAAUGAUGAGUUCUACAUUGGACUCCGGCAAAAACGUGCGACUGGCGAGGAGUAUGAUGAGCUUAUUGAAGAGUUCAUGUCUGCUGUUAAGCAAUUCUAUGGUGAGAAAGUCCUCAUUCAGUUUGAGGACUUUGCCAAUCACAAUGCCUUUGAUUUGCUUGAAAAAUAUAGCAAGAGCCAUCUUGUUUUCAAUGAUGAUAUCCAGGGCACAGCAUCAGUGGUCCUUGCAGGUUUGUUAGCAGCACUCAAGAUGGUUGGUGGGACCCUGGCAGAGCAGACGUAUUUGUUCCUUGGUGCUGGGGAGGCUGGAACUGGUAUUGCAGAACUUAUUGCUCUUGAGAUUUCGAAACAGACGAAUGCUCCAAUUGAAGAGUGCCGCAAGAAGGUUUGGCUGGUGGACUCAAAGGGUUUGAUUGUUGACUCUCGUAAAGGCUCCCUUCAGCCAUUCAAGAAACCUUGGGCGCAUGAGCACGAGCCCUUGAAAACCUUGUAUGAUGCUGUUCAGUCCAUCAAACCUACAGUUCUGAUCGGGACAUCUGGAGUUGGAAGAACAUUCACAAAAGAAAUCAUUGAGGCCAUGUCUUCCUUCAACGAGAGGCCUAUCAUCUUUUCACUGUCAAACCCAACCUCGCAUUCUGAAUGCACUGCUGAACAAGCAUAUACAUGGAGUCAGGGCCGUUCAAUCUUUGCCAGUGGCAGUCCAUUUGCCCCCGUGGAGUACGAAGGAAAGACUUUUGUGCCUGGGCAGUCGAACAAUGCCUACAUUUUCCCUGGACUCGGCCUCGGUCUUGUGAUCUCUGGAGCCGUCCGUGUCCACGAGGACAUGCUUCUCGCCGCCUCGAAAGCGCUAGCUGAUCAGGCCACACAGGACAACUUCGAGAAGGGCUCCAUCUUCCCACCCUUCACCAGCAUCAGAAAGAUCUCUGCGCACAUCGCUGCAGCCGUGGCUGCAAAAGCCUACGAGCUCGGUCUGGCGACCCGUCUGCCUCCCCCCAGCGACCUGGUGAAAUAUGCAGAGAACUGCAUGUACACUCCCGUCUACCGCAACUACCGGUAGUGCUGCGGGGAUCAAUUUUGCAGUAAUAAAAAAUCUAUCAACGCGGAUGGUACUCUGUUGUUUAUAGUCCCUGCUGCUAACCACCCUUGUUGCUGGUGCUGCUGGAGAGGCAUUGUACCUGUCCAUGCAUAUAUGAUAUAUAUAUGUUGUAACGUUGUG